GUCGCGUCAAAACCUUCGAGAGGUCAAGAUACAAGUGUCUGAACAACGGUUUUUAUGCCAACUGCGAUUAAAACGGAUCAAGAGUCGUCGGCAAUGGCUUCCGAUCAAGAAUCCUGUUCUGAUGAAGAGCCAGACAGCGAAAUGCUGAGUGAUGACUUCUGUCUACCUGACUCCGAUGAUGAAAGGCAAUCCGUCCGGAAUAUUCAGUUUGUCCCUGAAGAUACGCCAUCCUUCAACUCCUGUCUUCUUCGUCCACCCCGGAAACUGUUCACCAAUUGCCGGGAGCGCUGGCGGCAACAGAACGUGAGCGGAGCCUUUGCAGAGCUUCGGAGACUGGUGCCAACACAUCCUCCUGACAAGAAAUUGUCCAAAAAUGAAAUAUUAAGGAUGGCUAUACGGUACAUCGGUCUUCUGUGCGAAGUUCUGGAAUGGCAAAAGAACCACGGUCUUCUCAUCAACAAAGAGAACUCUGGACUAGCUAUCAAAUGCGAAUCACCAUUGAGCCCCACAGUCCGUCGCCUUCGCCUCAAAAGACCAUAUGAAGACAAGGAGGAAGACUGCUUGAAGUAUGGCAAUGAAGAGAACGAACUCCACAGGAGGAACAGAUUUAAGACUGAUUUCGUAUUUGGCAAAGAUCACCUUUGGAUUUUGAGGAACCAGUACAGCAUUUCUUCUAAAUGGCGUCAACUACCUUUUAGGAAUCUCACCGGAGACAGGAUCAAUGGAAAUAAUUUGUUAAUGAUCGCUCCCAAAGAUGAAGAAAAGAGUUGCAAAGACGGUGAAAAAGAUGGCGGGAAAUCGUAAUUUAUUUAAAAGAAGAGAGAAAAAUCAUUUAUUCUGCAACUUAAACCUAAUAUACAAGUAGGCUUAUUUAUUAAUUUAUAUUAAAAUGCAGAAUUAGAGUUCACCUCAGCGUGAUACUGGUCAUACCCACAGGUGAUAUGAUCAGCACUGGUCUUCCGGAGAGUUGUCAUACUACAUUCAGAUUAUAAUACAUAUAUAUGAAAGGUUACCAUACUAAAAUAAUAAUAUCACAAUAAAAAAGUAAUAAAAGUAAAACAAAAAUAACAUAAAAUUUCGUGACCUGACCUAAUUCAACAAGUAGGUACGUAAUAUAAUUAAAAAAGCCAAAAUAGCAAAAAAUUAUAAAUGCAAUAGACCGCCGUUCCUUGGUUUUAUUUAAAAAUGUAAAAUUAGCUUUCGCAACAUACACGACAUUGUAUUGGCAAAAUUUUAUAAACUCGGAUGCAAAAUCAAAAGCAGUAUCUCUGAUCCUUGUGAAAAAUAAAAUUCAGACCAUACUUCUCGCUACUAAAGUUGUAUUUUACAAUUAAAUCAAUUUUUCUAAAACCAUUAUAAAGCCAUUAAAUUACAACGGUUAAAAUUAAUAAUAAUCAUGUAAUAAAUUUGUUUAUUACUUUAACAAAAGUACUUAAAAAUUAGGGGCACGUUAAGCAUAUCGCCUGUGUUGGGAGGCACCGACAUUAAAGACACCCAUACUAAACUACAACUAAUAAUAUAGAGAAAAUACAGAAAACAAUGAUUUGAUUUGAUUUAAUAAGGAUACAUAAAUAAUAACCCCGAAUAUUUGCGAAAACAUAAAUGUAUUUAAAAGUUCGUACUUUUUAUUAGUAAUCUAUGUCUUAAUAUUAGGCCUUGUUCACAUACUAUAUUGAACGAAAGCGAAAGGACACCAUUCAAAGAUCUCCAAUCCUUUCAACAAUACUUAUAGCUUCAUCGUUUUACAAAUUAUUAAAUUGGAUCAUCCAGCCUCCACGUUCCGCUCACGAGCAAGACGCAUGGACCAGCCAUCGCCUCCCUCGACCAGUUAGUCUCCAUUAGGGAAGAGAACGACCCGCCCAACGAAGCCGUCACAAGCAAUGGCAUUUAAGCGAGCAUUACGAAGCUACAAGAACUCAACCGUAUAACAAAAAAAUAAUGUGAAUGUAUUGCAGAUCCACGUUUUCGGAGCUUUCUCCUAAAAAUGGAAUGUCAGUAACACGAAUAUAUUUCCAUUAAAAAAAAAUAUUAAAUUUCUAUUAUUUGUAUUGGUAAAAUGUAUGGGGUUUGUUUUCACCGCGGCAAAAUGGGACUCAUUAUUGUAACUUUCAGACAAUUUUCUAGAAUAACUGGGCUGGUGUAUUUUAAUAAUUAUAAUAAAACCUUUACUCGGGAUUUUAACAAGUAUUUCUUAAUCUAACUUAAUGUCUUCAUCUACUAUAAGUAAUUAAUAUCUAAAUGCCCCUUUUGUCCGGAAUAGACAAAGGAAUCUUCCAACUUUAUCCUCUUUCACUUAUUCCUUCGAGCAUAACUUACUGCGAUUUCGUUUUUGUGCUAUACGGUACCAAUUCAUUACACGUUUGCUCAAAUCAAAUCAAAAAUAUUUUAUUUCAUAGGUAAAUCAUAUUACACUUGAAAUAUGUCAUUUUUUUCAUACACCUCAUUCAGAAGGCAGAUAUCCUUAGAGUAGAACGAGAAAGAAACUCUAAGGUUGCUCUCUUCACAACAUAUUAGGUACUAGCUGACCCGGCAAACGUUGUUUUGCCAUAUAAAGUAUAAUUCACGCGAUAGUUUUAUAAGUAAUAAAAUAUUGCCUAUAUUAUAGCCUGUACAUCAUUUUGUUCUAUUGUCAAUAGUUUUUGCAGCGCACGCAAAAAUAGGUUUUCGAUUUUACACCUUGUGUUACAAAAUAGCAAUUUUAUUACGGAUCCCUAAUUUUGAAAAAAAAAAACAUAGCCUUCCUCGAUAAAUGGACUACCCAACACUGAAAGAAUCAUUCAAAUCGGACCAGUAAAACCAAAGAUUAGCGCGUUCAAACAAACAAACAAACAAACACUGCAGCUUUAUAAUAUUAGUAUAGUAGAGAUUACAAUUUCUUAUUUUUAAUGCAAUUUACAAAUCAUUUCAAUUGCAAUACAUAUGUGCAAAGUGAUGCAACAAUAAACUUGUUCACGAGCAUCGCCUCCCUCGACCAUAUUUUAGGGAAGGGAACGACCCGCCCCACUUCGAUGCCCCAAGCAAUACAUCUCUCGGGUCCCGUAAAAUCCCCUUCCAUCUCAAUUUGUUUUUUACUGUCUGGAUCAAUGAUAAACCUUUUAUCCUUCAUUAUUUUUAAAAAAUACGUUAUACAUAAUAUACAAAUAUUUGUUUAUUACAACAAAAUACAAAAUAUAUAAUCAAUUUUGGGGUCUCCUUUUAAGCAAAAAGUUGCCUGUAGUAGGAGGUCCCGCUCUUCCAUAGCAAAAACAUAAUAAUAAGGUGUAAUAAAAGAUAAGUUGACCUUAACAUAUACAUAAUUAAUUAACUAAGGGAAAGAAAUCUACUAACAAUAAAAACAUACUAAAAAUUGAUUUAUUUGUAAUCUAAACUUAAUGUGCUGUGUGUGUGGGUGUUUGUAUGUAUGUAUGUGAACGAGUGUGAAAUACACACAGAAUAUAAAAAGAACCUAGUGAUUAAUCAUUUAAUUAUAAUAAAUACUUCCUAGUUACUAUAAUCAUAUAUUUAUAAUUAGUUAUAAGUAAUUAAAAUAAAUACAUGCAAUAGGAAGGAGCAUUACUUAGUCAAUUUAAAAAACUUUAAUCAAGAAGUCUACAUCUCUCUUUA